GCAAUGAGAAACAAAACAGUAACAACUUUCAUUUUACUAGGACUGACAGAUGAUCAACAACUUCAGGUUCUGAUUUUUGUAUUUCUCUUUCUCACCUACACACUGAGUGUAACUGGGAAUCUGACUAUCAUCACCCUCAUCUUAGUGGAUUCUCACCUUAAAACAGCGAUGUACUAUUUCCUAAAACAUUUUGCUUUCUUGGAGAUAUCAUUCACCUCUGCAUGUAUUCCCAGAUACUUGUAUAACAUAGCAACAGAUGACAAGAUGAUUACUUAUGAUGCCUGUGUCAUCCAAGUGCUGUUUACUGACCUCUUUGGUGUAACUGAAUUUUUUCUUCUGGCUGCCAUGUCCUAUGAUCGCUACGUGGCCAUCUGCAAGCCCUUGCAUUAUGCGACUGUCAUGAGUAGCACAGUCUGCAGAAGACUAGUCUUUUGUUGCUGGGUAGCUGGUUUGUGUAUUAUAAUUCCCCCUCUCAGCCUAGGCCUAAAUCUGGAAUUUUGUGACUCUAACAUUAUUGACCACUUUAUCUGCGAUGCAUCUCCCCUCCUGAAAAUCUCUUGUUCCAACACCUGGUUCAUGGAACAGACUGUUAUUAUCUGUGCUGUACUUACUCUUAUUAUGACACUCAUAUGUGUAGUUCUUUCCUACAUUUACAUCAUUAAAACAAUUUUAAGAAUCCCUUCUGUGAAGCAAAAGAAAAAAGCCUUUUCUACCUGUUCAUCCCACAUGAUAGUGGUUUCCAUCUCCUAUGGCAGCUGCAUCUUCAUCUACAUCAAACCUUCUGCAAAGGAAUCAGUGGCCAUUAACAAGGGUGUGACAGUCCUCACUACUUCCAUCGCCCCUAUGCUGAACCCUUUCAUUUACACACUGAGGAACAAGCAAGUAAAACAGGCCUUCAAAGACUCAAUCAAAAGAAUCAUAAUAUUUUGCAAGAAAUAA